AUGUCAAAAUCUACAGCUGUUGAACCAUAUUCAACUGAUGAAAAAGUACAAAAUAAAUUGCAUAUAGCUACAGAUGAGGAAUCAAGUAGUGAUUACAAUUAUGAUGAUGAAAAUAAUUAUUUCCCACAAUAUGCUGAUGAAUAUAAUCCAAAAGGAUGGAGAAAACCAACUGAACACGAAGAAAAAACUUUAAGAAGAGUAUUAGGAAAAUUUCAAUAUUCUAUUGCUUUAAUUUGUUUUGUUGAAUUUGCUGAGAGAGCAUCUUAUUAUUCAGUUACUGGGAUUUUAUCAAACUUUAUACAAAGAGAUUUGCCAAAAAACAGCCCCCAUUCAUGGGGAGCGCCACCGUCUAAUGAACCAGAUGCUUCAGCCGGUGCGUUAGGACGUGGAUUGCAAGCUGCUAGUGCUUUAACCAACCUUGUGACCUUCUUGGCUUACGUGGUACCCUUACUAGGCGGCUAUCUUGCUGAUGUAAGUUGGGGUCGCUGGAAGACAAUACAAUGGGGUGUUAUUUUUGGAGGAAUUAGCCAUGUGUUAUUCAUUGUCUCAGCAGCUCCAUCUCUUAUUGAAAAUGGAAAAGCAGGUUUGGCUAUUUGUAUACUUGCAAUCUUCACCUUAGCUUUUGGAUCUGGAUUUAUCAAACCAAAUUUAUUACCAUUGAUGCUUGAUCAAUAUGAAUAUCCAACAGGUGUUAAAAAAUUGAAAAGUGGAGAAGAAGUUAUUGUUGAUCGUGAAAAGACUAUAGAAAGUGUUACUUUGGUAUUUUAUUGGGCUAUUAAUAUUGGUGCAUUUUUCCAAUUAGCUACAUCGUAUUGUGAGAGAAGAAUUGGAUUUUGGUUUGCAUUUUUUAUUCCAUUAAUCUUAUAUUUACUUAUGCCACUUGCUUUUUGGAUUGUUAAACCAAAAUUAAAAUUUGAAAAACCAACUGGAAGAUCAAUCAUCGGAGAAUUUGUCAAAAUUCUCGUUGUUGCCCUUUCAGGUAACUUUAUUAAACGUUUCUUCAACGGUACAUUUUGGGAUUAUGCUAAACCAAGCAAUAUGAAAGCAAGAGGUAGAAAUUAUUUCAAUCCAAAAAAGCAAAGUGCAAUAACUUGGACCGAUCAAGAUGUAUUAGAUGCUAAACAAACAGUUGAUGCUUGUAAGAUUUUCUUCUAUUUCAUAUUUUUCAACUUAGCAGACAGUGGAUUAGGAUCAGCUGAAACUUCAUUAAUUGGUGCUAUGAAAUUAGAUGGUGUUCCAAAUGAUUUGUUUAAUAAUUUCAAUCCAUUAGCUAUUAUUGUUUUGAUUCCAAUUUUAGAUUAUAUUGUUUAUCCACUUUUCAUGAGAUAUAGAAUACCAUACAAUACAAUUGCAAAGAUAGCUACUGGUUUCAUUAUUGCUGCGAUGUCACAAGUAGCAGGAGCUGUCUUACAACAUCAAGUUUAUCAACAAUCACCAUGUGGAAACCAUUCUACUAAUUGUCCUGAACCGGCUCCAAUUACUGCAUGGAAAGCAUCAAGUAUUUUCAUUCUUUCUGGUGCUAGUGAAGUUUUCUGUAUGACUACUAUAUAUGCUUUAGCUUACACAAGAGCAGCUCCAUCAAUGAAAGGUUUAACUAUGGCUUUGUUCUUAUUUACUUCAGCUAUUAGUGCUGCUAUUAGUUUAGCUGUUACAGCUGCAUUGGUUGAUCCAUACUUGGUUAUUGUUUUCGGUGUUAUUGGUGGUGUCUCAUUCCUUGCUGGUAUAAUUGUUUAUAUUCAAUUCUUUAAUUUGGAAAAGACUAUGGCGGAAGAAGAAGCUGAAAGAGAAAGAUAUCUUGAACAAGAAAAAGCUGAAAAGGAAUCUCAUGUUUUAGAAACUGUUUUGGAUCCAAUCAAUAGUAAUAAUACUGCUUUGGAACCUGUUGUAUCAGCUAGAGCAAACUUAAGAUAA